GCUUUAGAUAUUUUUCCAGCUUCCUUUCUUCCGCCGUGUCCGUCGGCGCACCUUCGCUCACACUUGACCGGAAAUGACUUCAGACCUCGGCCCUUGAAACGAUUGACUGGUAACUGAAGCGAGGAAGCAGAAGAGAAUCGGAGAGCGAGUUCUUGUGGGAAAGGGAAAGGCGCGAUGGUGUUCAAAGGGAGAUUCUUCUCGUCAAAGAAACCCUCGGAUUCAUCCAGUCCCGAUAGGGGCUCCAGCAGCCCCGGCACGCCAGGCACACCUGCAUCCGCUUCCCCUUCCAAAUCCGAGAAGAAGAAAUCUCGAUCAUCUACCGAAGUGGCGACGAAGAUCCAGCAGCAGCAGCAGAAGAAAAAGGAGAAGGAGAAGGAAAAGGAGAAGGAGAAGGAAAAAGAGAAAGAGAAGGUGAAGGAGAAAGAGAGGGAUCAGAAAGGGAAAGAGGCCGCGAAGCACUCGCCCCAAGCAGCUGCUUCGGCCCCGGGUAAAAUUUGGAAGGGUGGCGCGAUCAAGGAGGGAGGGGUGACUUCGGGGUCUUUUCUGUCUCCGAAUCUGUCCUCUUCCCACGGCUUGAAUCGCAUUAAGACGAGAUCCGGGCCACUGCCGCAGGAGACGUUCCGGGAGAACAGGAUAUCUGGAAUUGGGAGCAGCAACCUAAGUAGGGGGGGAGGCUGCUCCACGUCGGCAUCGUCGGCAUCGUCGAUGUCAUCUUCUUUUGCUCUUUUUGGAGUUGGGAGUAGCAGUUUCAAGAAGAAGGAUACCCGUGGGCUGGAGAAGGUCCCAGAGUCCCGUGUCAGCUCAUGGGCUGAUCAUGGGAGGAGUCAGUUUGAUCACGCGUUUAGGAAUGGAGCAGCAUUGGAUCCUAUGGGAAAGAUUGAUCAGUCACGUCAAGGAUUUAGCUCUGUUGCGUGUACUUCUGAAGCAGAGUUGCCAUUUGAUGCGUGUGAAACACCAAAAGAGUCUGAAUCUCCUCGUUUUCAAGCCAUAAUGCAGGCUACAAAUGCACCUAGGAAGAGACUUCCUGCUGACAUUAAAAGCUUUUCACAUGAGUUAAAUUCUAAGGGUGUGCGCCCUUUUCCAUUUUUGAAGCCCCGGUACAUGUAUAACCUGAAGGAGGUUUUAAAAGAUAUUCAGGUGAAGUUUGAGAAGGCAAAGGAAGAGGUAAACUCAGACCUAGCUAUUUUUGGUGGUGAUUUAGUUGGAUUAUUGGAAAAGAGUGCAGAGAGCCAUCCAGACUGGAGGGAAACGUUAGAGGACUUACUGGUGCUUGCCAGGAACUGCUGUGUCACGACUCCUGGGGACUUUUGGCUCCAAUGUGAAGGUAUAGUUCAGGAUUUGGAUGAUCGUCGGCAGGCACUCCCCAUGGGGGCACUGAAGAAACUUCACACUCGGAUGCUGUUUAUCCUCACAAGAUGUACUAGAUUACUUCAGUUCCACAAGGAGAGCGGCUUUGCUGUGGAUGAGGUUGUUAUGGACAUCCAUCAGCUCCAUUCAGCUGAUAAAAAUUUUCCAACUGGAAGAGGAGGGAGAAGUACUAAUGUUGUGAUGGGUUACAAUGAGGCUGCUACUUCAAGGAAGUCUUACAGUCAGGAUCAACAUAAUUUGAAGUUGAAAAGCCAGGAGAUAAAGCCUUCAAAUUUCUUCUCACAAUUUGAGCCUGACUUCACGAAGGAAGAUGAUUCACCUUCACGCAGAGAACGCAUUGCUUCUUGGAAGCGUCUCCCUUCACCUUCAGUAAAAAAUCAGAAAGAAGCCAGUCCUGUUAAAUAUGACUCUUCUGUUAUGAAUUUGCCGAUGUUAAACAGGGAAGAUAAUACAGAUUCAGACAUGGUAACAGUUAGAUCAGCUGAGGUAAGCAGUGCUGGAGAGACAAACUUGCACCCUUCUGCUCCAUCCAAACAUCAGCACAAAGUUUCCUGGGGUUACUGGAGUGAUCAACAAACUCUUUCUGAAGAUGGUUCAAUAAUGUGUCGUAUUUGUGAGGAGUAUGUUCCGACUUUAUAUGUCGAGGAUCAUUCGACAAUCUGUGCGGUUGCUGAUAGAUGCGAUCAGAAGGGUUUAAGUGUCGAUGAACGUCUUCUUAGAAUUGCAGAAACCUUGGAAAAAAUGGUAGAAUCCCAUUCACAGAAGGAAGUUCCCAAUACAUCUGGUAGUCCAGAUGUUACUAAAGUAUCUAAUUCAAGUCCUACUGAAGAAUCUGAUGUCCUUUCUCCAAAAGUCAGUGAUUGGUCACGGAGAGAUUCAGCUGAUAUGCUUGACUGUUUCCAGGAGACUGAUAAUUCUGUCUUUUUAGAUGACUUGAAGAGCCUUCCAUCCAUGUCUUGUAAGACUCGUUUUGCUCCAAAGUCUGAUCAAGCUAUGGCUUCCUCGUCUGCUGGUAGUAUGACUCCUAGAUCACCACUGGUAACACCAAGAACUAACCAUAUAGAUAUGCUUUUGGCUGUUAGGAGUGCAAUAUCUGAAAUUGAGGAUCUUCCACAGAUAACUGAGCUUGCCGACAUUGCCCGUUGUGUUGCAAAUACGCCUAUUGAUGAGGAAGGGUCCCUGUCAUAUUUGGUUUCGUGCAUGGAAGAUUUGCAAGAGGUUGUCAGUCAUAGGAAAUUUGAAGCACUUACUGUACAGACUUUUGGAACACGCAUUGAAAAACUUCACCAGGAAAAGUACCUUCAGCUAUGUGAUGUCGUUGAUUUCGAAAAGACUGAUGCAACAAGUGCGAUAAUGGAUGAAGAAGAUGAUGUAGUGAGAAGCUUGCGUGCAAGCCCUGUUCACCCUAGUAGUAAGGACCGCACAUCCAUUGAUGACUUUGAGAUCAUAAAACCAAUUAGUCGUGGUGCUUUUGGUCGGGUUUUCUUAGCCAAGAAAAGAACAACCGGUGAUCUCUUUGCUAUAAAGGUUCUUAGAAAAGCUGAUAUGAUCCGCAAAAAUGCUGUGGAGAGCAUAUUGGCAGAACGUGAUAUCUUAAUCACAGUUCGAAAUCCUUUCGUGGUGCGGUUCUUUUAUUCUUUUACAUCGCGGGAGAAUUUAUAUCUUGUGAUGGAGUACUUGAAUGGAGGGGAUCUAUAUUCUUUGCUUAGAAAUUUAGGUUGCUUGGAUGAGGAGAUUACGCGGAUAUAUAUAGCAGAAGUUGUUCUUGCUUUGGAAUAUUUACACUCGCUAAGAGUGGUGCAUCGAGAUCUAAAGCCAGAUAAUUUGCUGAUUGCACAUGAUGGUCAUAUCAAGUUAACAGAUUUUGGACUAUCCAAGGUUGGUCUCAUCAACAGUACGGAUGAUUUAUCAGGACCAGCUGUUAGCGGAACAUCACUGCUUGGAGAAGAUGAGGUCCAAAUAUCCCCAUUUGAGAAUUUGGAUCAGCGGGAAAGGCGGAAGAAACGUUCUGCUGUCGGUACACCUGAUUAUCUGGCUCCAGAGAUCCUUUUGGGGACAGGACAUGGUGCUACAGCUGAUUGGUGGUCUGUUGGUGUUAUUCUCUUUGAGCUCCUUGUUGGAAUUCCACCAUUUAAUGCAGAGCAUCCUCAGAUGAUUUUUGAUAAUAUUCUAAAUCGUAAAAUACCUUGGCCCCAAGUGCCUGAAGAGAUGAGCGCAGAAGCUCAAGAUCUUAUUGAUAAAUUAUUAACCGAGGAUCCUAAUCAAAGACUUGGAGCAAAAGGUGCUUCAGAAGUUAAGCAGCAUGCCUUUUUUAAAAACAUUAACUGGGAUACACUUGCCAGGCAGAAGGCUGCAUUUGUUCCCUCAUCAGAUAGCGCAACAGAUACUAGCUAUUUCACGAGCCGCUUGUCAUGGAAUCCAUCAGAUGUACAUGUUUAUGAGGCCAGCGACUUUGAAGAUUCCUCUGACAAUGGCAGCGGAAGUGAUGCCAGUAGCUGCAUAAGCAAUCAUCAAGAUGAGCAGGGGGAUAAGUAUGCUGGGGUUGAGUUCGGUAAUGAAGCAUCUGUGAAUUACUCGUUCAGUAAUUUCUCUUUCAAGAAUCUCUCCCAGCUCGCAUCUAUUAAUUAUGAUUUGCUUAGCAAGGGCUUCAAGGAUGUACAGUCAAGACCUGAUUCUUAAUCUCGCCCCCUUUCGGGUUCCGAUUUUGUACAAGUGGAACAGUGAGAAAUGUACAGGAACUGCAUCUGAGAAUUUGGAGACAAACCAGUUCGCUUAUGGAGAAAAGGUAUUUUACAGAAAUAUCGGCUUAGGUUUGGUUUUGGCCUCUCAAUCCAUCCUGAGUGAUGGUUUUUUGUUUCUCUUCUGUUUUUCUCGGUGAUUGGGCUUUCGGAGGAAUCAAGCAAUGUUUUCGUAAGAAUGUGGAUGAAUUUUAUUUAUCAGUGAGGCCUCUUCCUCCCUUUAUUUAAUCGGCCUUAUCCCUUCUCAUUUCUGGUUUAAGUAUAAUACUUUUUCGUACCAUUGCAAAGAGAUGAUGUUUGAUAUUCUACGAUGUUUAAUGCUUUUCUUACUGCAAAUGAGCUAAUUAGCUUCUCUGCAACAAGUUCUAAUUGAUCUUUCAAA